AUGGCAAUGGGUGGCCUCGGCGCCGGCGGUCAGUUUGGCGCAGAAUUGACGGAUUUUGUGUUCGUCCUGACUACUGAUGACGCAGUGAAGACAUUCAUGCAGUCGGGAAACUUGACUCUGGGUGGAAACAUUUCCAUGGCUGUUGGGCCCGUUGGUCGGAGUGCAGAAGCUGGGGGAGUAGUGGGCACGAAGGGCGCAACUGGAGUAUUCGCCUACUCCAAGACCCGUGGAUUGUACGGCGGACUGACAGUCGAGGGUGGUGUUCUUGCAGAGCGAGCGGAUGCAAACAAAAAGCUAUACGGGCGGAAAGUUCGAGCACACGAGCUGCUGAGCGGAUCAAUUCCACCACCACCUGAAGCGGGAGUCCUCAUCGAAGUUUUGAAUGGGGACGAGUUCCGCAUCGAGGUACCUGGACCUGCAGAACCAGCGCCAGAGAGCGCCGAGUAA